UUCUAUUGUAAAAGUCAACCCUUUUUAUGGAAAAGAUAGCGAAGACGCUCAAGAAUGGAUUAAAAUGUUCUUAAGAGUGAAAGAAGCUAAUAGAUGGCUAAACAAUAGAAGAGUAGCAAUUGCAACAGGAAUGUUAAGGGAAGAAGCAGCUGAUUGGUAUAAUCUACUAAUGAAUCUGAAACAAGAAAAUAAAAAGGUUGAAACCUAUGCAUCAAGAUUUAAGAAGUUAGCAAAUAGAGUAGAUGCAGGAGGAAUUCCAGACGCCUUUAAA